GGACUGAUCUUUUGGCAAAAUUGAUGGACUGACAAGAAUAAGAGAUGAAGCCAAGAAGCACGACCGUUGGUUGCUUGAAAGGCAGUCGGCACGGGGACGGAGGAAGAGUGGGCAAAGACGCCACGACAGUUGCACGUGCCGCUGUUUACUGUUGACUGUGGGCUUGCUUUCUUGCAGGCCCAAUUGACUUUCACCGCCCCGCGGGGAUUGGGGGGCGGGGAGGGCCAUGCAGGAAUUCUCCUUGAUUCAGGGCCCCGGUGGGUCCAGUGCGUCACGUGGAGAUGCCAGAGUGGAUUAAGUUGAACAAAGAGCGGGAGCUUAGCAAAAUCUUCCAUAAUCCCCUCGUAACCAAUCGCCUUUGUGUUCCCACGUGGGACUGCUGACCCCACCAAAUGACAUCACCGUAUCGCUUCUUUUGUUGAAAUUGUUUCACACCAUCUGCAUCGCCAACUCAACUAUUAACUUCGCUGCUGUGUUGGUUCGAGAGCCUUUUUCUAUAUAUAUAUAUUUUUUUUUAAAUCGGUCCAGUAGUUUCUUCUGCUUUCGUUCCAGCGCUUUUCUUUGCUCUCCAUUGAACUCUGCCAUCCUCUCCUACUAUUCAGCUCGGUUGCUCUUAUUUUUUGCUUUAUUAAUUUUCAACUCAACUCUACCCUGCCCGUGGAUAUAUAUGUAUGGCAUAAAUCGAUCUCCGGUGCAGUCACUGAAAAAGCCCUAAGGAGAACUUAGCUCCCAAGUCCUGAGGAGGCGUUUGACAUGGCUGAUUCUUCAUCACCUCACGAGUACAUCCAUCUGAUUCAGCAUCUGAUAGAAGAGUGUAUCUUAUUCCAUAUGAGCAAAGAGGAAUGCAUGGAAGCUCUCUUCAAGCAUGCAAAUAUCAAACCGGUCAUUACUGCCACCGUGUGGAAGGAGCUGGAGAAAGAGAACAAGGAGUUCUUCGAAGCGUACACGAAGGAUAGGGAGGAAAGAGCGUCGGAAACGGAGACGCGACAAAGGAUCCAAAAGAGGAUGCUGUCGCCGCAUUCUUCCACUGCCAAAGAUACCAGCAAGCUGGGAGGAUGACUAGUUUGUUUUGUUCUAUCUCAGAAUUCAGACAAAACGUCGGAGGCCUUGGGAGCCGUUUACGACACUGGGAUCGUCUCCCUCUCUCCAAAUUCGCAUUUGAUCAAAUAUUUGUAGAACUCUGUGGACUGGACUGCGUCCGUCCUAGUCAAGGGCCAUAAACACCUCCGCCCUCUCGUCGUAGAUUAGUUUUUCUUUUUCAAAUUGGAGGGAAAUUUAAAAAAAAAAAAAAAAAAUAUUGUCUCCCACGCCUUUUCUUUUUCGUUUUUAAUUUAAGAUGCCGGCCCUCGGUGUGGAAAAAUCAAAAAAGAAGAGGUGAAUGUGGGCUCAGACGUGGGUGACAUGUGGCUUCACCCGCACCUUUUCACUCGUCCGUCCGUGGGGGAAAUCAGAAAUGGUUUCUACCUCCACAGUGGUCCACACUGAUUAUUUUAAGAAAAAAUGGCUAAUUAGAGCCGACUUAGUCCCUAA